UCGUAAUGGUCGUCGAUUGUUUAGAUCGCGGUUGUAGAAAAUCGGCUCGAAUGUGAUGGUUGUAUCAGUUAAUUAAACAAUUGAUGACUUAAAACCGGCCCAACGUAACGUUACGUACACGAUCCGCAACGCACAACCAGCGGUUCUAUCCGUUUAACCGAGAGACGUUCGAUUGUUUGACGAGAAUUUUGCACGAUGUGUUUGUUUGUGUGACUGAAAACGUCCCGCCGAAUAGUGUGUUAGGGCAAAUUGGAAACGUGCGUAUGUCAGUGUUACAGUGAAUGAGUGCGAAACAAGAAAAUAUCAUGGAGACCCAUCACCAGAUCGAGCGAGAAGGCGCCCUAGGCGGCUUAUUCCAGACGAUCAUUCAGGAUAUGAAGAACGGCAUGCCGAUUUGGGAAGACCUGAUAGCGAAAGCGACCAAGCUCCAUUCGUCGCUGAAGGCGACGAUACUUGCAGUUACAGCCUAUUUGGAGGCCUUCCAGAAGAUCGCGGACUCGGCAACAAAUGCCAGAGGUGCCACAAGGGAAAUAGGAACGGCUUUGACACGAAUAUGCCUCAGGCAUAAAGCAGUAGAAUCCAGAAUGAAAACGUUUACUAGUACAAUAAUGGAGUGUCUAAUUAUACCACUUCAAGAAAAACUGGAAGACUGGAAGAAAACCGUUCUAAAUCUAGACAAAGACCAUGCAAAAGAUUACAAAAGGGCCAGAGCGGAAUUGAAGAAACGAUCGACCGACACAUUACGACUGCAGAAGAAGAUACGCAAAGGAGCAGGAGGAGACCUACAGAAACGGUUCGAAUGCGGCUUGCAAGACGUAACCGAGCGAAGACAACUACUGGAGGAAACAGAAAAACAUGCUGUCAGAGCAGCCCUGUUGGAAGAACGCAGCAGAUUCUGCACAUUCGUUGGUUUCUUGAAACCCGUCGUCGAUGAAGAGGUAGCCAUGUUGACGGAAAUGGGACACCUACAGGAGGCUGUACAACAAUUGGAAAAACACACUGCCGAUCCUAGCGUCCUUCCCCCAGCUUCGGAACAGGUGAUCGCUGACUUGAAGAGUUCGGAUAGCGGAUGGUCGUUCCAGACCCCACCAUCGUCGCCCUCCAGUUUAGGCUCCAGAAAAUCGUCAAUGUGUUCGAUCAGUUCCUUGAACAGCUCAUCUUCGGGAAGCUCCAAGAGCCACCACUCUCCAAGCCAUCCCCAUUGGCAAAGAUCCCUGUCACAGCCUGUAGGUCGUAGUGGUACAAUAAGAUACAUGUCGGUAUCUAGCCAAGAUUCUGGAUUUACAUCCCAAGACACACUUUAUCCCAGACCUCCCUCCUCAUUCAGCAUUGCACAGGUAUCGAAUAUGUCCGAGCACAGCACAAACAGCAGUAGCUCGAGUACACCUUGUACUCCAUUCCCCGCCGCAGCUGUACCCACAUCAACUUCAACCUGGCCGAAUUUGCAAGAAACCAUCCAAUUCGAGAGGGCCGCCACGGCCAUCAUCAGCGACAGACCACACACCAUCUCGUCAGCAUAUGAGAAAGGACAUUCUCGUCCACCGUUGACUGUGUACACAUUCCAAGCGCCAGAUCAAAGUCUGUCUCAGCCAGCCAGUCCAGUCACUUCGGUCACUCCUACGGAUACGUCCAAAACUAUCCCGCCACGCAGUCCAGCGCCUUCUGUCAAGAGUCUUCAAGUCAAACCACCACUUCCAACGAGAUGUUCUUCCUUGGAACGGCCAAAUGGUCCAAAUGUACCUGCCAAGACCAUAGCCGGUAUGCAAGGUGUCAGGGUACUACCCCCAACCACUGCCGAUCAGACGGCCCUAAAGAAACCUUCUCCACUUCCAGCUCAUUUAUCCAAAAGAGACACGCCACAACCAACUUACGUAAAUAUGCACGAAUUGGCUAGUAUGGCUGCCACCAAAGCCCAGGAGAAACCUUCGUUUCCUCCACCACCAGCGGAAUUCAACAGCCCGCCAUCUAACGAAAAGACGCCAAAUGAAGGUGAAAAAGACGGUAGCACCAGCGAGAGCUCCUUGGAAUCGUCCAGCGGUUACGGCAGUCAAACCACAUUUACUCCUGAGGAUGUAGCGCAUUCUGAUGAUGUUAACGAUACGGCUAGCAAGUAUUGCACGCUACCCCGCAACAGCGAUCUUCUUAACGCGGCGAGGAGACGACCUCUCUCCAUGACAGCUAUGUGUGGAGGAACAAUGAGGAAUACUUUGCUGCGCAGAGGAUCAAUGCAGACCAACAAGCCACCACCGCCUAUUCGCAGGACCUCUUCGAUCACCAACACCAACACAAUCGGGCAAAUCACUUCGAUGGGCAGCAUGGAGAAUCUGCCACCACCACCCGCUUUUCUUUUAGAACCUAACCAGAAUAAUCAGCAAGGUAAACAUGGCAUGGCAGGAGUGAACGUCGCAGAAACGGUCAAAGCUCUGACCGAGCUGCGACACACGCCCGCCAGCCCGAAUUCGAUACGGCGCAUGAGCGCCUCAUCACAAUCCCUGUUCCAAUCUGCGACCAACGCCAACACUGCUACACAGCAGCAACCAAUGCUGAGCACGUUCCAGGCGGCUCAGGCCGCCAACCAGAAGCUGUCGUACGUGUCGCAGUCGGGCGGCGUGGUCUACGCCCAGCCGUCGCAGAUUAUGGGCGGCAGUCCGAACGCCGUGCGCCGCAUCAACCACUUCCGUUCGCAGAGUGCCGAACGGAAAGCGGAAGGACCCGGAGGUGUGUCUUCCAGUUUCAUUGCUUCUCUCAGCGCCAAAUUGGUGCCGAGCAUGAGUCCAAGAAGUUCUCGACGACACUCUGAGGACGUCGUACAGAUCCACGAGGCCGCACUGAUCCAACAAGCUAACAAAAAGGGUCCUGGUCAGAGUUUCCUGGACUCGCUUAAUGCCAAACUCAACCAGCAACAUAUCGGUGGUAAUUCGCCUCCAGCUCAAUUGAAGGCCAACAAGAUCCGUCAGAUUAUCAAUAGCAAAGCACAGCCGGAUCCGAAGGUCUGUCACGAAUCUCUCAUGGAUCAAAUUAAAAGAGGAGCCACCCUAAAAAGAGCCAAAUUUGUCAACGACCGAUCAGCACCGAAGAUUUACUAACCGAGUCCAAAUUAAAUGUGAAUUGUUUGCAAGCAUUCGAGCUCAUGGCUCUUCGGAAAACUUUACACGAACAUAAAUCUCCUGUAAAUUAGGUUAGUCUAUGUAUAAAUUGUUAUUCAUUUUAAUUAUAUACCCAGUUAAGUACUAGUUGUUGAAUAGGAAACUCUUUUUAACAUAUCUUUAAUGGUUUAUCACAUAUUCCAAUUUGUAUUAAGUGCCUAGAUAACUCAUGUAAUCAUCACAUCAACGCCGCUUUUAUUGGAUAUUAACGCGACUGAUUUAAAAUAUAUUAGGGAUAUUCAUUGAAUGUAUAGUUAACGUAUUAUAAAUCAUACAAUACAAGUUCAACGCAAUAAGAUCUAUUCUAUAGUAAAACAAUGCUAACAAUAAAACCAAAAUUAAUUCACGAUUAGAUAAAUGUAGUUUCCUAUUUCAUAACUGCAGUGUCUCUGUAUCGAACAAAGCAAUUAGUAUUGGAAAGAGUUCAAUUAUAUUUGUAGUAUGCUGUAUUAUUGACGUCCAUUAUUAUACGAAUCUUGACUGAAUUAUUUUUAUAUUGCAUAGUCAAAAAUAGUAUUAUUCUAUAGGACUGAAAUUAUGUGUAAAACUCUUGUUUCAUAUUAAUUUAUUUUUAUAUUUCUCUUGUAGAAAAUCAUAAAGUAACUCUCUUUUUUUUAAUAACCGACUUUGUGAUUUUUUGUUGUAUUUUGUUGUAACUUUAUAGUUUAAUUUUUCAUGUAAAUAUCUAUAUUGAUAUGUCCUUGCUUCGCAUUAAAAUAUGUUUAAUGUUAGCCUGCUGUAAAUACAGAUAAGAUUUAAUAAAAAAACAUUAAUAUAUGAUGUGUAACUGCGUUUAGGGGCAAAGUAGAGCACAAAUAUAGUUUUUGUCUAUUUAUGUUAGCAAUUAAUAAUUUUAAAGGUACACUGUCUGACAUUUAUAGGACGUCUUAAACAUAUUACAACCUUGUUAGUAUUGUUUAUUGUUUGUAGACUCUGCCAAACAUUAUUUUGUCAGUCAGUGUUGUAGUUUUUUAUUUGGUUUUGUGAAUUUAACUACUUAGUUUACAUUGGAAAAUUUAGAUGUAAGAGAAUAUUGUAUCUUCACUGUAUAUAUCUAAUAUUUAAUCAUUAUUUCAUAUUCAUAAUCUUUGUAAUAUUCAUGUUAAAAGUGAUAUCAUUUACUUAUAAAUAUAAAUGGUUUUAAGCAGUUUGCUUAAUAUUUGUGUUGUGUAUGAAGAGAAAUAAAAUUGUAAAAAC